CCAGACUUACGUUGGACUAUACUUGAAUCUACUGUACUUCUGGAUUCUUCAAACCCCCGACAACAUGACAAAACAUAGCAAGAACAAUACAGCAUCGUCAAUAUUCUCGUACGCCGAAUACAAGAAACUCGAUUAUGGGACGAAACGCCAACGUCUAGGAAAUGAGUCCAUGCGUCGCUUCGACGCUUGUGCUCUCUGCCUGCAACGAGCAAGAGAGCCAGUAGCUUGUCAUCAAGGGCACUUGUUCUGCAAAGAAUGUGUGUACACGGAUCUAGUUACCCAAAUUGGCGAUAUCAAGAGGCAGAAAUCUCGUUUGGAGGCCAUGAAGCGGGAGGCAGAGGAGGAGAAAGAGCGUGCACGAGAAGCUGCUCGCGACCGAGUCCUACAAGAGUUCGAGAAGGGUCAACUAGGUCUGGCUGCACCAGGUUCUGUCGCGACUACCUCAGGAACAGAGUCCAAAGAACAUCGGGGAACAAAACGCAAGUUUGCCUUUGACUCCACAACAGCACAGACCUUGGCUCGAGAAGCCGAAGAGGCGGCACUGCGACAGAUUGAACGUGAACAAGCCGAAGCGCUGAAACAUAAACUGCCUGACUUCUGGCUACCUUCCUUGACACCAACGUAUACUUCGAGUGGUCCUCCGACGUCACUAUCUCAGGUUAAGCUUCACACAACUUGUCGAGGAGGGAAUCCUCCCCACCAUCUUACGCGAAAGAAUCUUAUACCCAUAAAAUUUACCUACGACACUUCAUCGAAUAACAGAUCUGCAGCUUCGGUAGAGUCCACUCCAGCAACUACAACUAGCGAAGAAUCAAAAGCAAAGAAAGGGGAGGAGCCACUUAACGCAAUAUGUCCCUCUUGCAAAAAGGGGUUCUCGAAUAGCACACUGAUGUUCCUCAUGAAACCUUGCGGUCAUGUCGUAUGCAAAACCUGCACAGACUCACUUGCCAAACCCGCAAAGCAAUGUAUACAGUGCGACGUCAAGCUCGCGGACAAGGAUAUCAUAUCGCUCACAAGAGAAGGUACUGGCUAUGCUGCUGGAGGUUUGGCAGAGACGUCGAAGAAGGGUGUCGCAUUCCAGGGCUGAUCUUGCAGUUUCCGCACUCCAUUGUACUUCGCGACGGGUAUGUACUAUAUUGUAGUCUGGUUUCUACUUGCAUCCUCUGGCGUCGAACCCAGUCCAACUCGCAAGUCGAAGGUGUGACUUCGAAUGCCUUAUCUAGUGAACAUUUAAAAGACCAUCACUUUCGUGGUGUGGUUCUCGACUCCGCUGCCUUUUCUUCUCUCACCUGACUUCUUCGGGGGCUUCGCAAACAGUGCAGAUGACAUUUCUUCUCUUGAACGGACCGCCGGAAAAGCAACAUGCAACUCAACUGCGUUCUUAUGACGUACUAACAAGAUCUAUUCAAGAUGUCGUUGAUUUUUACAGUAUUUAUAUGACAGUUUUCCCGGA